AUGGCAAUGGCAAACAAUAAAGCACACUGUUUCACAUGUAAUAAAGAAAAAAUAACAUUUCCUUGUAGAGGAUGUUUAAAGGAAUUUUGUUUAAUUCAUUUAACACAACAUCAACAACUAUUAAAUGAAGAAUUAAAUCAUAUUAUUAAUGAUUAUGACCAGUUUAAGCAAAGAAUCAACGAACAAAAACAAAAUCCACAAAAUCUACAAAACUGUUCAUUAAUAAAACAAAUCGAUCAAUGGGAAAUAGAAUCAAUUAAAAUAAUUCAACGAAAAGCACAAAAUUGUAGAGAAAUUGUUAUUAAGUCUUCCGAAACAUCUAUUGGUCAUAUUGAAAAGAAAUUUAAGGAUUUAUCUGAACAAAUAAAAGAAAUUCAUAAAGAAAAUGAAUUUAAUGAAAUGAAUUUAAGUUAUUUAAAAAAUCAAUUAAUUCAAAUUACACAAGAAUUAAAUAAUUCAUCAAAUAUUUCUAUUAAAGAAGAUUCACAACCAUUUAUUAAUGAAAUUUCAAUUAUUUCAUCAAAAAAACCAUCAUUCAAUAAAUGCAAACAAAAUGCCAUCACUGUGGCUGGUGGAAAUGGACAUGGAUAUGGACAAGAAUUAAACCAACUCAAUUGGCCUCAAGGAAUGUUUAUUGAUGAAAACAAAAAUAUUUUCAUUGCAGAUCCUGGCAAUCAUCGUAUUGUUUAA